UUUGGCUGCGGAACGAUCGGCACGCAUUCGGUUUCGAGUACCAUCGAAGAAGAAUCCUGACCAGUUUUUCCGACCAGCUUCUAACAGCGGACUCUCGCAAUGUUUACCAAGAUCGUGAUACUCGCCUGUGCUCUGGCGAUGAGCGAGGCCGGAUAUUUGGGAACGGCCGCCGCGGACCAAUACACUCUGACUACCGCAGCUCUGACAUCGACGUCGGACAACAUCCUCCGCAGCACAGGAAAUUUGGCGCAGAUCGCGACGCAAUCGAAGACGAUCGCAACCCCGUACUCGAGCAGCAGCAGAUCCGACAUUCGCGUGACGAAUCCGACCAUCUACGCGCACGCUGCUCCAUUAGCGUACGCUGCAGCCCAAGCAGCACCGCUGGCCGCACCUUUGGCUGCUCACCCGAGUCCGCUGCUCGGUGUCGCUUACUCCCCAGCGGUCGCCGUUUCGCACAUGGCUUACAGCAGCCCCAUCGGUGUCUCUUAUUCCUGGUAAUCGAUUUCUGCUUCUGGUCGUUGAUUCCCAGAUUCGACGCUGCAUUCUCCAAUGAUUCUGUACGCGUAUUUCGACCGAUCGCUGUUUUUAUUUAUUAAAUACAGUAUACGUGAAAUGUG